AAGUAGAGUAGGGUUUCAUCAUGCCCGUACCACCACCAAAUGCGUAUGCUCCAAAUACAAUUCUCACUGUUGGUAGUCAUUCGGUUAAGAUCAUCAAAUAUAUUUCUGCAGGAGGCUUUGCUCAUGUAUACACUUGUACAAUUGAUCCACCAUUCCGUGGCAAUACCACAGCUUGCUUGAAGAGAGUUGCUGUGCCGAGCAAGUGGCAAUUGAAUCUCCUUCGUCAAGAAGUGGAUGCAAUGAAACGACUCAAGGGGAACAAGUGUAUUGUAUCAUACAUUGAUUCCCAUGCAUCCAGAAUGGAAUCAAAACUGAAGCAAGAGCAACAAUACGAAGUAUUUCUUCUUAUGGAAUACUGUUCUAGAAACGGUCUUAUAGAUUUUAUGAACACUAGACUUACCCAUAAGCUUACAGAGCCCGAGAUUCUUGCAGUAAUGCGUGAUGUAACUACUGGUGUUGCCAUGUGUCACCAUCUUCAACCUCCAUUAUUACAUCGGGAUAUUAAAAUUGAAAAUGUUUUAAUUGAUCAUGAUGGUACAUAUAAGCUUUGCGACUUUGGUUCUGCUGUCAAUUAUCAACCAGCUCCUCAAACUCCGCAAGAUGUUCUGGCUCUUAGAGAUGAUAUUAUGCAAUAUACCACGCCACAAUAUAGAGCUCCAGAAAUGUUAGAUUUAUCAAGAGGCUUCCCCAUUGAUGAUAAGCUGGAUGUAUGGGCACUUGGUUGUCUCUUGUAUAAGUUAUGUUAUUAUACCACUCCAUUUGAACUGUCAAGUCAUAAAUCUCUUCAAGACAUGGAGAAUCAAAUUUUACAUGCUGAUCAUACCUUAAAAAUUCCACAUGAUCAACCGGGCCUGAUAUUUUCACCUCGAUUGAAACAUGUCAUUCAAUGUUGUCUUCGGGAAGACCCAAGGAGAAGACCUAACGCUGUCCAAUUACUUGGUGAAGUGUGUAAUAUGCUUGGACAACAAGUUCCUGAUGUUAUUCCUUCGGCAUUGAAACAUCAUUCUGAACGUAGAGUAAAAUCUCAAGAAGAAAGAUCUACAUCUCCAUAUGUCCCAGCACGAUCGCCUAGUAAGAAGUCUACCCCAACUCCAAUCACUUAUAUGGCAUCAUCGGCUCCUCCCACUUUUAUUUCGCAAUCGUCCACCAUGUCAAAUGACUUUCAAAAGCCAAAGCCGAUACCAAAACCACAACCUAAACCGCAACCAAAAUCAAAUGAUCCAUUUGCUUCUAUUGAUAAGUCUAAACUUUUACAACUGGAUAGAAUGAAACCAAGGCCAAAAUCUACUUACUUUGAAUCAAAGAAACAAUCGUUUGAAUCCAAAUCAUCUCUCCUGCUGAAUUAUAACAGAUAUUCUACUUCUGCAUCAUCCUUAAAGGAUUUUGUACAAAAGCAAAUCGAUGACAGUUCGCAAGAUUUAACUGCUAUUCGUAAGUCGGAAGAUGAUAAUCGUGGAACGUUAGAUUUCCUUAGAGGUAAACAAGAAGAACAAAGUACUGGAGGUAGUUUCAAAAUGUCCUUUAAAAAUGGACUCCGGAAAAUUAGUACAGGAGGUAUUGGAGCAAAUGGAACUGGCGAUAGUGCACACCAUUAUAGAAGAUCUAGUAUUACUUCCUUAAAGCAAAUUUUAACCGGUGGAUCAAAUAGAAAAUUGAGUACCAAUAGUCCAGAUGAGGAUGAUCUCAGUCAAUUGAAGAGUGAAGAAAAACUUCCUGAACGGAAGGUAUCCAUCAAGAAACGAAUGGCAAUGUUAUUGAACAGUAGUAAAGACCUGAAUGUUGACAAAACCGCUCAUGGGUAUGGUAGGUUCACUGACCUAUCCAAAAGAAAUGACACUGAUGAUAUAGAAGCAAUCAAUCACCCAGUUACUCCUUCAUCUUCUUCAAGUUCAUCUAGCGAUGAGAAUUCUAAAAAAUUGAAUGUUCUCAAAUCUAGGAAGCAAAAACAAUUACCAAAACCACCAUCAAUUCCCCCAAGUUUGACGAGUGCACCAUUAUUGAAAAGUAAGACAGUCCCUACACUUAAAAAAGCACCCCCAAAACCGAAAAAGCCUACCUACUUAAAGUCUGGAGCUGGCAAUAGACGCUUAAGUACGGGAAGUGAGAUCUCUCUUCCAGAUAUAGACGACCUAGAGAAGGAGUUUUCUAAUCGCUUCCCAAGUAAGGUAUUAUAAAUAUAUAUUUGUAGUAUAUUUACAUACAUUAAUAGUAUUACAGAUAGUAU